AUGGCAGGCAAUACCUACGUUUUCUCUCAGGACCAGCACGGUCAUCUCAUCCCCUACAUCGCGGCUCUGCACGCCUCGUGUAUAACCCUCGACCACAUGGUCGGGCCCUUUCUGCCGCCCCUAACGAACGAGAAGCUGCUGCCGUGGUGGAAGGAGCGGAUCGCCGAGGCCGCGCACGGGACGCGCGUCAUCGUGCUGCUGUUGCCAGAGAACAGUCUGGGCAAGAAGCCGCAGGGGCCGGACCUGCGGGGGCUGGCGAUGCUCAAGCUGUCCGAGACGGAAACGGGGUCUUUCCGGGGCCACAUCGAUGCCGUGCUGGUGGACCGGAGGUAUCGGCGGCAGGGCGGUGCAAAGGCGCUGGUCGCGGCACUGGAGUACGAGGCGGCAAAAAGGGGGCGCUCGUUGUUGCUCGUCGACACGGAGACGGGCAGCGUGGCGGAGUCGGCCUUCAAGAAGUUCGGGUACAUCGAGAUCGGCAGGGUACCGCACUUCAGUCGGGCUCUGCCCAGCGGCAAGAAGGGUGAGACCUUCUUCUACAAGGAGUUCGCCCCGUCGUCCUAGACUGUGUCUUGGGACGUCCCUUUUUGGUUCCUUCUGUCUGCUGGGCGUUGGUGUUUGGGUGGCUAUCUAGAUGGACGGGACGAGGCCCACGCUUCGAAGAUUUCCGCCAUUUGCGUGCCAUAUAUAUCGUUUUCUCUUUUAAUCUCGGCGACAUCUACCCCGUCGACCUAAAAGUUUAUUUGGCCUUAUCUGUCUAUGCUAGUGGAGGUACGUUCCGCUCACAGGGUCUUAACAUUCACAAGGUUUGCAGCCC